AUGGAAAACAUUGUCGGCACAAUGUUGACUUAGUACAAAUGAUCGUGUUUUUGCUUCUCUAUAUAUUUCAAGUAUAUUACGAGUUCUGGGCACUUGUUGGCGAACAUGAAUUUUUCGUCUGUUACGCCAAGUGCCUUUAUGGCGAUACAAAACUUGAACAUUGCAGAAUUAGCAAAAUGUAGCACAUGCGAAAUCCGUCCACUGCUUCCCUGUCUAGUUCGCAUGAGCCUGCUUCCGCCGCUGGACGGAACUAAGAGCUGGAUGGACGGCCGGAAGCAGUUACUUUCGAUUCUUGCCGGUAUAGAAGUUGUGAAUAACAUUGUGUCUCUUCUGCAAGUAAGCUUCCAUGAGCUGGAAGUGGACGUGAAAAAGGAACAACAGUUGAGGCAAAAGGUUGGUUAUACAGCUCAGGAUUCCGCCCAGUUCCACAGCCUUCCAAACGGCGUCGUGAUGGGAUUCGAGAGAGCCGAUGUUGUAAGCAAAGUGAGAGUGGUCUUGUCAGAAUUAUUUUACUUACAAGCACAAAUCUCCGAGCAAGCAGUUCAGCCUUCCGUUCAGAAGUCAUCUAACGAAGUGAUAAUUAAAAAGUCCGAAUUGUUUGAUAAUAACAUUUAUCUGGAAGAAAUAGCUGAUAUUAUUUGUGUCGCGCUUGCUGAACUUCCAUCGCUAUUGAAUUUACAAGAUGUCAUCGAAACACUUAUGUAUGUCAAUAACGGCGGCAGGAUAAUUUGUUGGGUUGUUGCAAAUAUGCCUGACUGUUUUCGUGAAACGGUAACAUCACUGAUUACAAAUGGUGACGAGGAAACACCGGAAGGGAAACUUCGACUUGCUGUUUUAUGUGAGCUUUGCGAGAUGAAUCCAUGCCAAGCAUUGACAACGAGAACAAUUUGCGUUGAACAAACCAAAAUGCCGUCUCUUAUGCUGAAGCUGAGUCUGAAAGACCCUCAAAAUCUGGUUGCUUUUGUAUCUGGUCUAUUAUUGGGGAAUGAUCAAAAUAUUCGAGCGUUUUUUGCGUUGUAUGUGCGAACUAGCCAGAAAAGAAAAGGAGACGCGCUAAACAUUCUUCGCGAUGAGCUGCUGAAGCAAUUGCAGCAUAUUGUAGUUUUUUCGCACAACUUUCACUUACCUGAAGAGCAUGUUGUCCAAUCGGCUGCGCUGUUGCGACUAUAUUGUGCAUUGCGAGGAAUUUCAGGGAUAAAGUUUUCCGAUGAAGAGAUACUGUAUCUGAUACAGCUGAUCAUAUUGAAGCCACCGCCUACGCCGGCCGGUAUGCGAUUUGCAUCUCUAGGUUUAUGCAUGUUGAUAGCAUGCCCAUCUCUGGUUGCAAAUCAGGGAAUAGAAGCGAAAAUAAUUGAAUGGAUUCAAUGGUUAAUUAAAGAGGAAACUUAUUUCGAGAGUGCAAGCGACACUUCCGCGUCGUUUGGCGAAAUGCUUCUUCUAAUGGCAAUCCAUUUCCACAGUAAUCAACUCACACACAUUUGUGAAUUGGCUUGCUCGACAUUGGGUAUGAAGUUCCCGUUACGACCAAAUACAAUAAGUCGCAUGAAGUACAUUUUCACUCAGGAAAUUUUCACGGAACAAGUAGUUGCUGCUCAUGCCAUUAAAGUGCCAGUCACAAUGAACCUGAAUGCGACUAUUCCUGGGUAUUUGCCUGUACACUGCAUACAUCAGUUGCUCAAAUCAAGGGCAUUCUCGAAACAUAAGGUUCCGAUCAAGAACUGGAUAUACAAACAAAUUUGUAACUCGGUAACUCCACUCCAUCCAGUUCUGCCCGCGUUGAUCGAGGUGUAUGUGAAUUCUGUUAUCCUUCCAAAUCAAAAAAGUCCAGUGGAGCACACUCAUAAAGCUUUGUCUGAACAAGAGAUACAGCAUAUUUUUCAGAACAUAUCGUUUUCGAACAAUGAGAAAAAUUCCAAACAACAUACCAGCACGGAGAACGAGCAGAAAUUUAAAGAUUCCUCUAACCAGCUGGAGGAAGCAAUAAACAAUAAUACCAAUUUGACCCCACAGUUACUGCUUCUCUAUUAUCUAUUGCUUUACGAGGACGUGAGGUUGAGUAACAUGGUGAACAUAAUUUCUAGUGGGAGGCAAGUUAAGUGCUACUCGAACGAGUUUCUUUCGGAGCUGCCAAUAAAAUAUCUACUACAGCAGGCGCAAAAAAAUCAACAAGAAUAUAGUGUACUAUUUAGUCCGCUGCUUCGGUUGCUGGUUACGCACUUUCCCCAUCUUUCGCUAGUGGAUGAUUGGAUAGACGAAGAAAGCAUAUCUCUUGAGAAUACCUCAAGCAUCGUAUUGAACGAAUUUAACGUAAUUGAAGCGUUUGAGGAAAUUGAAUUCAAUCCUGCGAAGACAAUCAAACUGUUGAAGAUUAUGAUGAAAAAGCCACCAACGAAUUUAUGGCCACUUGCGGAUAUUUUGAUUCGUUAUUUCAAAUCCAUUCUGAGCUGUACAGUGCCCCGUUUGGUACAAGAGCUGUACAAAAACGUAUGGAUUCGAUUAAAUACAGUUUUCCCGCGUCGUCUAUGGGUUAUGUCAAUAAACGCAUUAAUGCCGGAAGACGCAGUCACCAAAAACUUCACAAUUACCCAAGAAAACAUACUUAUUGAUCCUUUACAAGUAUUACGGUGUGAUGAGCGGGUCUUCCGUUGUUCUAAUGCUUUGGCGGUAGUGUUGCGUAUAUUACAAGCCAGUUUAGCGGCAUCCAAAAGUCAGCUUACUCGCCAUAUGUUGGAUAAACCCUUGAUCGAAGUAGGAAACCAAGUGAAAUCGGAUACCGAUCGAGAGGAACUAAAACUAGCACUUGUUGCAUCGCAGGAAAGUGUUGCUGUGCAAAUACUUUUGGAGGCAUGUCUCGAAUCCGAAGAGGACCGCAUUAAAUUCGGUCGUCAGUCGGCACUGAGAGAAGUUCGUGGUGUCAUUUGUUCGUACAUUCAUCAAGUGUUUAUUGCGGAACCAUCGCUGGCCAAAUUGGUACACUUCCAAGGAUAUCCACGGCAGCUGUUGACAAUGACCGUGCGAGGUAUUCCCUCGAUGCAUAUUUGUUUGGACUUCAUUCCAGAGCUGCUCAGCAUGGCCGAAAUGGAUAAACAAAUCUUUGCAGUUGAUUUGGCGUCACAUUUAUCCUUGCAAUACGCUUUGCCGAAAUCUCUCAGUAUUGCAAAGCUGUGCUUAAAUACUCUCACUACGCUAUUGGGUGUUCUCUCCAGUGACGCGCGUAUUGAGGUAUUUUCAGCCGUAUUACCUUGCAUUGUCCGGAUUGCAGAGGCGUUUCCACCGAUUUUGGACGAAUGCAUAAUGUUUUUGAUGCAGUUGGGAAAAAUAGCUGAAUCCCAAUCGUCGUUAGGUAGAUCCGCUUCGCACCCGGCACUCCAUCAAAGCCUAGAAGCGAAGAUUCGAUCUCGAAGUAAGCAUUCGUAUUAUGCCGAAAGACUGAUGGAUGAAGUCAAGGAAACGUACAGUAAGCUGCUAGAUGAUGCAAUUUUCAAUCCUAAAAUUUAUUGAGUGAUACAUAUGAAAGACAUAGGAGCAAAACAAUAAACUGUUACCAGGAGCGAACAUUUUGUUUUCCGUU